AUGUAUAAAUCUGGAGAACUCACCAAUUUCGAAUAUACUGCUUCGCCCUAUAUUAGCUACUAUAACAAUAACAUUGAUAACAAAAUUGCUCCGACUGACGCUGGAACCAAAGAAGUCAAUAUAACCAUGGUGGAAACCGGACCAAAAACCGGUAAUCGAGAUGGCUUAACCAAUGUUCCUAAACCGGAUCCACGACAACAGAUUCCUAUUUCUCCAACCAAGUCUUGUCACUCCGAAACAAGUAAUAACAGUACAACUUCUUUCGCAUUUCCCACAUUAGGAGAGUACCAACAAGAGCGAAAGACAUCACUAAACACGAAGAGUGAAAGUGGAAAAAGAGAACUAUCAAGACUUGACUCGAAGACCGGAUUGUACCCGGAUGAUUCGAAACAGGGCGGUGCUGGUGCUGGUGCUGGUGGUUGGCUUUCUUGUUGUCUCUGUUUUUCGGUAAAAAAUUGA